AUGGCUUCCGCGGACCUCAAGCAUUUCCUCGCCGACCAGCCUCCGUCAGUGGUCAGACUGGAGAUCGAGCAACAUUUUGAGGCCUUGAAUGAUAAGCAGAAGCGCUAUGCUCAUUUUAUUAGCAAAGCCUGCUUUGCUGGAACCAGAAUUGUCCUUCGGCAAAUCUCUCCAGAGUCUGAGCCCAUAUAUGAUCUCAUCCUGACCUUGCAUAAGAGUUGCAAUGGCAAUUGGGAUGCUCUGGCCAAGAAGGCUGGUGUUGACGACGCCGAACUUACCAGCUUCUUGGAGUAUGCUGCUAUGUUUCUCGGCAACAAUGGAAAUUAUAAAAGCUUUGGCGAUUCCAAGUUCCUUCCCCGAUGCAGCGAUAAAACUGUUGCUGCCCUUGCUGCUACUUCUCCCGAGGCGGCCAAGUUUUAUGAGGCGACCAAUGGUGGCAUCUUCAGCCAUGACAAGUCCGGCUUGCUUCAUCUCGGGUUCAUCGAUGCAGGCCACAUGACUACAUAUUAUCCAGAUUCUCCCACCAUUACCAAGGAUGAGAUCGAGAGCGUUUCCGCGUGGAUGGAGAAGAAGGGGUUGCUGCCCGAGAACAACAGACUGCGUAAGAAUGCCGACGGCUCAUUCGAUAUCCUCAUUGCCUCCGUGGUCACUAGCGUUCCUGCUGAAGGUGGAGAUAUUGGUAAAGACACCCAGUUCACGGUUGACGAUGGUGCUUUGAAGGGCAAGACCAUCAGACUCAUCUACGGCGACUAUGCCAAGGAGAUGAAGAACAUUGCUGCCUACAUCAAACAGGCAGCAGACAAUGCCGAUAACGAUACUGAGAAACGGAUGCACAUUAACUACAACAAGUCCUUUGAAAGCGGAUCCCUUGAAGCCUACAAAGAUGCCCAGAGAAACUGGAUCAAGGACAAGGGUCCCAUGGUGGAGUGCAAUAUUGGCUUUGUUGAGACUUACCGCGACCCUGCCGGAGUACGUGGUGAGUGGGAGGGCUUUGCAUCCAUGGUCAACCUAGAGCGCACCCGUGCCUUUGGAGAACUUGUCGCUGCUGCUCCCACUCUCAUCCCUCUCCUCCCUUGGAACAAGGACUUUGAAAAGGACAAAUUCCUAUCUCCCGACUUUACGUCAUUGGAGGUCAUGACCUUUGCUGGGUCUGGUAUUCCUGCUGGCAUUAAUAUCCCCAAUUAUGACGAUAUUCGACAGACUGAAGGUUUCAAGAAUGUCUCAUUGGGUAACGUCUUGAGUGCCAAGGCGCCAAAUGAGAAGAUCCCUUUUAUCCGUGAUGAGGACUUGGAGGUCUAUCAAAAGUAUCGUGACGCUUCCUUUGAGGUCCAGGUCGGUCUCCACGAAUUGACCGGCCACGGCUGUGGUAAACUCCUCCAGGAAACAGCACCUGGAGUAUUCAACUUUGACAAGGAGAACCCCCCUAUCAGCCCAGUUACCCAAAAGCCAAUCACGACUUGGUAUAAGCCUGGUCAGACCUGGGGCUCCGUUUUUGGCAGCGUAGCCGCCUCAUAUGAAGAAUGUCGAGCCGAGCUGGUUGCCAUGCACCUUAGCUGCGAGUUCCCUGUUCUGAAAAUAUUUGGUUUCGGGGAUGGCAGCCUGGAUAUGGACGGUGAAGCUGGUGAUGUCUUGUAUGCGUCGUAUCUUUCCAUGGCCCGAGCUGGUCUUGCAGCUACGGAACUGUGGGACCCAAAGAGCCAGAAAUGGGGUCAGGCUCACAGUCAAGCUCGUUUCUCUAUCCUGAAGUGCUUCCUCGAUGCUGGCGAUGAUUUCUGCAAGCUGAAUUAUACCAAGGACGACCUGUCUGAUCUGACCAUCCGGCUGGAUCGAUCCAAGAUUCUCACAGCGGGCCGCAAAGCCGUUGCUGAUUACCUGCAAAAGCUUCACGUUUACAAGUCUACCGCCGAUGUCGAGGCCGGUACCAAGUUCUAUAAUGAGAUGACCAAGGUCGACCUGGAAUUCUGGGGCACCAAGAUCCGCAAUGUUGUUCUUGAUAACAAGCAACCUCGCAAGGUGUUUGUUCAGGCCAAUACAACCUUGGAUGAGUCUUCUGGCAAGGUUUCCAUCAAGCACUACGAUCCUAGUCUUGUUGGUAUUAUCCAGAGUUGGGUUGACAGGGAUUUGUAA